CAGACUGAUUCACAAAAAUAGUGUACACAAAAUAAUGUAACUUUGGCAACUUACGCCGACUUUUUAAUGAAAGUGAAUCACAUCCAUGGGCCGAAUGAGAACGAGAAGAUGGUUUUCACGGGUCGUCGGGGUCAUUGCGUCGUUGGCAGCCCUGGGAGUUGCUUUAGUGAAUGGUUCCACCGAAACGACAUCUGAUGGUAUCGAAAAACCGCAAUCAACGCCAGGCCCUAACUCACCUAAGCCAGCAUGUCAGAAGACACAGGGGCAACUACGUGAAAAAUUCUUGAUGCUUGUAAGUACUAUAGAUGGAAAAGUAUCGGCUCUGGAUGUGCGUAAUCAAGGUGAACUGGUGUGGUCCCUGCAGGCUGAUAUCAGACCACUGUUGUCAUCAAGCAUUGACCAAAUGGAGGUUACUCGUGAUGGUGUCCGUACACGGUUAAUUCCUUCUUUGGACGGUGGCUUGUAUCAGUAUGAUGGGGACAGCAUUGAGGCAGUACCAUUGACCGCAGAGACUCUGCUUGCAUCGUCCAUGAGACUCUCGGACAACACGAUGAUGAUAGGAGGGAAAGACAUUCGGACGUAUGGAAUUGAUGCUAAUUCAGGACAGGUCCGGUAUUUCUGUGCUAUGGCCGGGUGUCACCUGGUAGACGACAGUGAGGUGACCACAGAAGAAGAUAUUCUCGUCUUGACUCGCAGUACGCAGACUGUCCGCGCCGUUGACGCCAGGAUGGGAACGGAAAAAUGGAAUUUUAGUGUUGGAAGGCAUGAAAUGGAGUUACUGGAUGGAGGUAAACCGGAGUUGACUAACAAAUCGGACGACGAUGAUGGUAUUACGAUAACGGCAUGCAGUCCAUCAGGGGAAGAGAUUACUGCAGAAAACAAUAAUGACUUAGAAAACUUUUUAAAGAUCAUAGUUCCCGAAGGAAUGGUGGUUGCCUUAAGUGCUGACGAUUCAUCCGAUGUUCUCUGGCAACACAAGUUUUCUAGUCCAGUAGCUAAUGCGUGGCUAUUACAGUAUGGGGUUUUGAAAACCGUUAACUUGUUUGACAGCCAUCAUGUUCCAGCAUUGUCAAGCUUUCAGCCUGAAAAUAAGGAAGGAAUCCGCCCAGACCCGUUGUUGUAUGUGGGAAUGCACCAGAGUCAGAUGUAUGUACAGCAGUCCCAACACAUGCGGGAGAAAGUGGAAGAAUCUCUGAAGAAUUCUGGACAGGAUGUAGCCAGCCGAGCCAUGCCAAGAGUGAUGUGGCGGCCAUAUCUCAACACAGCUCCAUCAAGGACACCUAUAAUGAAAAACGUACCUGGUAAAAUUCCACUGCUAGAUGUCCAGUCUACCAAGGGUGAAAAAAAGAAGGUUGAGACUUCCAUUGCUGUCUGGCAUGAGAAUUAUCCGUUUGACAAUGGCUACUAUUUGUAUCCUGAUAUUACCCCAUGGCCUGAGUUUGAGCAGCUUCCAAAUGAAAGUGGUGCUGUACCCCCUGGAAUGAUGGACAUGGUCCUUCCGGUCUCACUCUGGAACUGGUGGAAGGAAGUGAUCCUGAUAAGUGUUAUAACAUCCAUUGUUGUCCACGUGUUGCUAACAAAGUACCAGAGGCGAGAACAGUCGGAAAACUCAUCAAGUAGACAGGACAGUAGUGGGUUGAAUAAAUCGGACUCAUUAUUGCCUACAGUGGACAGUUCAGCAAACUUACCCGACAUGCAGAAAACUAAUGAAUAUAUUUCUAGAUUCUUGAUGGACUUUGAACUCCUUCAUUGUCUUGGUAAGGGUGGCUUUGGCAUUGUUUUUGAGGCAAGGAAUCGUGUGGAUGACCAGUGUUACGCAGUAAAGAGGAUUUGUAUUCCAAACAGUGAAGGUUCAAAGGAACGUGUUCUUAGAGAAGUGAAGGCACUGGCCAAACUUGACCAUGUUGGCAUCGUCAGGUUCUUCCAUGCCUGGGUAGAAAUACCUCCACCAGGAUGGCAGGAGGAACAGGACAGAAAUUAUGUCUAUAGUGAUUGCUUGUCACAGUGUCUUUCUGGCACGGAUAUGUCAUCCAUUUCAAAACUGCCACCAAAUCAAGCAAUGGAACCUUGUUUGGAGCCACAUCCAGCAAAUAAGCAGGAUGACUUUGUUGGAAAUAACAACAACAACUUGAGUGACUUGAUGGGAAAUAAGAACAACCUAAAUCUCUACAACAGAUUAUGUCAAGGCGAGAGCUCAAGCUUUUCACCGCAUUCUAACGAUGAUGACUUCACUGAUGAAAGUGGAUCAUACAGUUUUGUUGGAGCAGAGCCCCAGAAGACAUAUGAAUUAAAAAAUGAUAAUGCAAACUGUGAUUCGUUUAGCAUUGAAUUCAGAAACUCGGAUACGGAAUCAAAUAACAAUGACACGGAUCCAUUUGAGGAGAAUUGUGUUCCAUUUGCCUCAUAUAAGAAAGUCCCCCGUGAUUCCACGGCAGAGAGAACUGACUCUUUCAGUAUUGUGUUCGAAGACUCGGGAUGUAAGGAUCGGAGUAGCAGUGGGGUCACGUCCACCUCCACAGAACAUCAUUCCACGCAAGUCGGUUCAAGGGUCCAAUCUUCCUGUGAUAAAGAGGGCGAAUCUCAUGAAAAGAUCUCUCCGUCUGCUCCCCCGGACAAGCAGACGACAGUGUCCAGUGUUCCCAAGUUAAAGCUGUACCUGUACAUCCAGAUGCAGCUCUGUAAACGGGAAACACUGAAGGACUGGCUCAGUGCCAACACACUCAACCGAAACAGACCUGUUAUCCUCGAUAUAUUCACUCAGAUUGUGUGUGCCGUUGAUUAUGUUCAUGGACAAGGAUUGAUGCACAGAGAUUUAAAGCCCAAUAACAUUUUCUUUUCUGCUGAUGACACGAUCAAGGUUGGUGACUUUGGUCUUGUUACGCCACUUGCAGAACAGGUCGCCUACACCAGCACAGAUGUCAUGGAGUCCACAGCCAGACACACUGCAGAUGUGGGCACACAACUCUACAUGAGUCCCGAGCAGAUCAGCAAAAAACCAUAUGACCACAAGGUUGACAUUUUUUCAUUGGGAAUGAUUCUGUUUGAGCUGCUGUAUCCAUUUUCCACACAAAUGGAACGUGUUCGGACGUUGAUGAACAGCAAACAACAGACAUUUCCUGAACGGUUUGAAAGGGAAAUGCCUACUGAGUGCAAGUUUGUGAAGUGGCUCUUGUCCCCCACUCCAUCAGAUCGCCCAUCUGCCAAGCAAAUUCUCGACCAUCAACUUUUGAAGGAAUUUGUGCCAAAGAAAACAGAAAACCGGUUUAGGACAUUAUCAGACGGAAGCAAUUCAUCUACAUAGCAUUUAAUUAUUUCAUUUGUUUUGUGUCUUCUAAUCUCGCAAUCUCCAUAUGAAAUGUUAAUUGUGUUCUAAUAUUAUUAUUACUUAUUUUGCUGAAGAUGGGUAUUAACUUAAAUAUUUUUUGUUUUUCAUUUCAUUACAAGUCAGGGAUAAUAUGUGUUUUUGUCUUCACAAUGUAAAGAGCUGAGAUACAGGUAUUACUUUUCCGACAGUGGUGAAGUCAGCUUUCGUGUUAAAGUUUAAUGUUAAAGGGACAGACCCUAGUUUCAACCCGUGAAAAUUAACACUAAGUUUAGUUAAUCUACAAACCUGUAACACAUUUGGAUAAAGUUACAACUGAGUCAAAUAUGAGUCUGUGACUUUGAAAUGGUGAAAUACCCUUUAAAAAUAGACUAAAACUCGACUCCAUAACUGUCACGUCUCGGACGCACAUGCGUUUCUUUAAAAUAUGAAAAUGCAUUUUGUGGUAUUAAAAACAACAGGAUAACCACAAACAUUUCAAAUGUACUGAAAUUGAUAAUCUAAACCCUAAAAUCUAAGUAAAGUAUGAUUUUAGUUAUCA